AAUCAAUUUUAGACAUAGGAUAUAAUAUAAUACUUAAGAAAGUCAUGUGUUUUUGUUUUUUUUUUUCAGUUGGUCACUGGAGCCAGAACUCUUGGGCAGGAUUCCAAAUAAUAAUGAAAAUGUUGAAUGUCACUUGUCUUGUCUUGCACAGAAAUGCUCUUAGAAGUCCAUGGUUUGCUAGUUAUUUGGAAAUCUCUCACCCCUUUGUUCUAGAAAAAUAUUCCGGUUUUUGUGUGUGUUGCCCUUUGCCAUACUCAAACAUUUCGGAAAUGGAAAUAAGGAAGCAGUAGUUUCUUAGAAAAACUAUAGAUGAAUGGAACAGGAACUGCAAAAUUAGCAAAAUGUAACAGGAACUGUUGAUCUGGUACAUUAUUGCUUUUGCUUAUUUUUUUCUCCUUUGCUAGGAGACCUGUUAUGAUGAUGUGUGUUAUACUCACCACACUUCCCAGCUUCAGCUUUUCUAUCGCAGUGACCGAGGUUCAAAAAAAUAUUAAUGGUCCUGUGGAUAUCUUACCUGAUAAUUUACCUGACCUGCCAGUUUCUCUGGUUCUGACUUCCUUGAUUGUGGUUGAUAUUAUUGAAAAACUCAGGAUAUAUCCUCUUAGAGGGCGGCUAAAGAGUAACGAUGAUAGGCACGGUCAUACAGCUACUUUGCAGGAAAUAAAAACUGUGACGGACCAAGUGAAGCAAAAUGAAGAAAGCACUUCACCUCCUCAGCCGGCUAGGAGGACCGAGGCAUCACGGCCAUCGGCAACAAGGAUGCAGAACCCCGCUCCAGUGCUGGCGAGACCCCAAGAGCCCUCCUUUCACUCGGGAGUCCUGGGAAAUAUGUCCCAGCAGGACGACCGUGCCCAGAUCUUCCUGUGGAGCUUUGUGCUGUGGUCUGACACCAUAGAAAUGGUGCGCGUGGCUGGCCACUCCGCCGUGUAUAAGUCAGGCUGGCUAUACCCAGUCUACAUAUUCAGUUUUAUUUCUCUCCUUCGAAUUAUAUUAACUCCUCAGAACCCUCUUCUGAAUUCCCUGGACAUCCUUCUCCAGGAUUUACCCUUUAUUUUUGUUAGACUUAGUUUAGUCAUUGCCCUGGGAACUAUCACACCUGUACUGGGCCUUUGUAAAAACAUACUGGUGACUCUCUCUUAUGUGUACUUCAAUCACAUAACCAAAUUCAGGGCUUUCUCUACUUUUGAAACGUCUUCAUUUUAAAGAGAAAAUGUAAUAUAGUCAAACCUCUGCAUUAUGCAUGUGUACACAUUUGUAAUUUUUUUUUUCUGGGCAUAAGUUUUUGUACUGUGUAAAGAAAUGAAUACAUUGUAGAGAAUACACUAUUUUUAAUAACUGUAGCAUAUCACUUUUAAAAAAAUAUAUUCAAAUGAUGUUAAAUUUAAGCAAAGUUUUAUUCUGAUGUUAACUCCCCUGUAUCUCUAGAAAAUGUUAGUCAUUUUAGUUAUGUAUACCACACUUUUUCUCAAAACACUCUUCAUUAAAGCUUUAAAAAAAUUAGAACGUGUUUUCCCACUAAGUUAGCCCAAGAAUGAGAUUCUUAUCAUUUAUAUAAAUUAAAGAGCAUUACAAGACUUAGUGAGAACUGUUUUUUUAGAAAAUACACCUCAAGUUCUUGAAUAAUUUUUAGAUUAUACUUUUUAACAAUUUGAAUUGUAGUUUUAGGGUCUUCUUCACACAUGGGAUUAUGUUCUUUAAUACACUGUGGCAAGUGACUUUUAUGUAAUCGACGAAUUUCAGCAUAAACAGCAAUUCAGUUUAACAGAUGUUUGGUUCAGUUUGAGGCACAGUUCUUUCACUAGUACUGAAGUAUUAAUGUAAAUACUGUUUAGUAGAAUGAAGUCUAGGUACAUCAGUAAUACCUAAAGUUUUAUAAUAGGAAGAAGCCAUACACUGAAGAUGUGGAUUUCAAAGAAUAUUUUGUUUGUGGAAUUUCAGACCAUCCUAAAAACAGUUGCACACCCUGUUUAGAAUUAGACAUUCAGCUUAUGAACAUAGCAGCAAAUGCUUAGUGUUUUAUGUGAUAAUAUGUAAUGAAUAUCUUGAUAUUAAGUGAUUAGAUACAUAAUUGUGAAAUUUGCUUUCACUAUAUUGGGACACUCUUGGAUAUUCAGCUGCUAGAAAAAUUUGGGAGGCUUAUGUGUGCAGAGUAAUGUGUUAAACUAGCAAGUCUCUUCAGUGAUCUGUGGCAACAAAUAGCUUAAGGAUAGAUAACUUAACUGCCACCCCUACUCUCCACCAAAUUCCCCAGUCUCAGUGGCCCCCUGUGCUUUAUGGUUUUUCCUCACACUAUAAAAAAAGAUCUAUUCACAGUUAUUAAAAGCUUAGCUUCUAGCUUUAUGACUUGGGGCAAGUUCUUUGACCACCGUAAGCCCUAGUUUCCACAUCUAAAACAUGAGACUAAUAACAGUACCUUAGUAGGUUAGAAUUGUACUUUAAGAAAAUUGAGAGGAUUAUAUGAGAUAGGAAAUGCUCUCAUGACAUUGUCUGGCAAACAAUAAUAACCCGAUAAAUUCUCAAUAUUUCAAAUAUACCAAAUCCCAGAGAAACAAGUAGCUAAAUGCAUUGUUUUAAUUUUCCUGUCUCAUUCUUUGCUGCAUCCCUGUUUACUGUCUGGGAAUAAAAAUUUUAACCAUGCAUUUGUGAAAAAUAAUAUGUAAAGUCUUAAGAUUACCUCAGAUUAUAAUUUUUCACCAAGUAGUAUUAGGUUCAAAAUGAGCAAAUAUACAGAUUAAAGUUGUUGUGGCUAUUGAUUCAUCAGGCAUUUGACUGUCCCUCCUGAGUUUUCAUAGAGCCUAAUUGUAGCACUCUGUUAAGACUUUCAUUAUGGAUUGGCUUUAUUGAGUUCCCCAUUAAUGUUUAAGUCCUUAAUCUUGUUUAACAAUGUAUCUCUCACCUCAUCUGUCAAUCCAACAGGAACUUCUAAUACUUCUAACUCUUAAAAAAUGAGAAUUGAAAUCAUUUCUUUCAAAUAAUGCUAUGAUAAUCUUUUUUAAUUAAGGAAAACCUAUGAUGAGGUAGUUGAUUUGUAAUAUUCUUAUUUAUGAAGUAUUUUACAUACAUUUAUAUUUAUCUUUAUGUUGGAAUUUGUAGAGUGAACAGUGCUCAAACUCUAAAUAUUACUGAGUUUAGAAUGCAUUUUGUGUCUAAUAUUUGAAUAUGGAUGUACCUGAUAUAUUGGGAAGUCAUAACACUUUAUCCAAAUAGUAAAGUCAUGUACAUGUAGGAGGAAAAUUAUUGAGUAACUAAUUUAAUUUAGUAUUUUAUUUCAAGAGUAUACACAUGUUUAUAAAGUUCAAGUCUAUGUUUUUUUAUAUUUAAUGCUUUUCAGUAUUUUGUUUAAUUAAAA